AUGCCUGCUAGCCGUCCGACGGUCAAGCGCCAGUACGGCGUGCGCAAGGCCGCUAGCGUGUCUGCGACACCGUCCAAAACAACCCCCACCCCGACUCAUCGCACCUCAGCCUCUUCUUCCUCAACGUACGGCUCAUCACCACCGCGCCGGAAGUCGCGACUACUGUCCAGCGCCGGCGAUGACUGGACUGCGGCAGUCGCCGAGACGUUCUCCUCGCCAAUGAUGUCAGGGGACGAGGGGUCGAGGAAGGGGAAGACGGCCAGAGGGGAGAUGGACUCGACGCCGCCUACCACUCCGGUGACAGCAGAGAAAGGCGAAGUCGGCAGAGUCUUGCGGGAACGGAAGACGCCAACGAAACCUCCCGCGCCGAAGGGCGACUUGCGAUCGUUCUUCAAGCGGACUUCGCCGCGCAAGCGGCAGCGUCUCUCGUCGCCUAACGAGGAGGGCGAUGUCGCGUCCGACAUGUUCCGCAGCGACUCGGCCGGCUCUGCCUCCUCCUCCAGCUCGACCAGUUCCUCCCGCACGGCCCUAACUUCCAUCUCUUCGACAUCCUCCUCUUCCUCCUCCGGCAAGCCUGCAAAGUACGAACAACUCUACCUCGACCCAUUCCACACUGCCGGCCACGCCACCCUCUCCUGCACGACCUGCGCCCUCUCGUACGCCCGCACGCCCGAAGACAUGGCUUUCCAUGCAAAGCACCACAAGAAGGUUGUCAGCGGAUGCGACUGGAUUGCAGGCGAUGAUGUAAAGGGCUGUACAGUCGUGGAAGAGGCGGUGGAUUGGGGUGAGAAGCAUGGCGGAAAGGUUGUCGUGGUGGAUUACCCGCUGGCGGACGCGGUCACCAAGCGGAAGCUCAAGGACAUUCUCGAGACCGUCGAUACCGAACUCUCCUCCACCUCGCUCACGCCCGAACAGCUCGCCCAGUCGAAAGUGUUCCUCUUCGUUACGCCUCAGCGAAAGGUCAUCGCCUGCGCAGUCGUCCAGCGUAUCAAGGUUGCGUACCAGAUCGUCUCGGCGAAGGCGAAGGACGAGGCUGGCGAUGACAAGAGGAACCUGCUGCGAUUCGGGGAGGACCAGGGCGCCAUCUUCUGCUCGCCGACACCCUCGCCGACUCUGCUCGGUGUCCAACGCAUCUGGACCUCGACCUCCGCCCGCCGGCACGGUCUUGCCUCGCUCCUCCUUGAUCACGUCGCCGCCAAGUACAUUUACGGCAGUCCCAUACCCAGGGACCGGCGCGUGGACGACUUCGCCUUCAGUCAGCCGACAGGAAAGGGGCAGAAGUUGGCGAGGGCUUGGACGGGCUCGGACAGGUUCAAGGUCUUCGUAGAUUGA